AUGCCCAACACCACCAAAAGGAAGUUACAAGACUCGCCUAGGACGAUGGAUGUGGACAACAUCUGGGGCGUUGUAAAGAAUGCCAUCCAGGAGAUCCAGAGGAAGAACAACUGUGGGCUAAGCUUUGGGGAGCUGCACACGGUUGCCUACAUCAUGGUGCUCCACAAGCAAGGAGAGAAGCUCUACACAGGCCUGAGGGAGCUCAUCACUGAGCACCUUGUCAACAAAGUCCGGGAAGAUGUCCUGAACUCUUUAAAUAAUAACUUUCUGCAAACAAUGAAUCAGGCUUGGAGUGACCAUCAAACGGCCAUGGUUAUGAUCAGAGACAUCCUCAUGUACAUGGACCGAGUCUAUGUUGAACAGAACAAUGUGAAGAAUGUGUACAACCUUGGCCUCAUCAUAUACAGGGACCAGGUGGUUCGCUACGGCUACAUUCGAGGCCACCUGCGACAGACGUUACUGGACAUGAUCGCACGCGAGAGGAAUGGAGAGGUUGUAAAUAGGGGUGACAUCAAAAUCGCCUGCCAGAUGCUAAUGAUUCUGGGCUUGGAUGGUAGGUUUGUGUAUGCGGAUGACUUUGAGGGCCCUUUCUUAGAUAUGUCAGCUGAAUUCUUUCAGAUGGAGAGCCAGAAGCUCCUUGCUGAGAACAGUGCCAGUGUCUACAUAAGGAAGGUAGAGGCCAGAAUCAAUGAAGAAAUUGGGAGAGUCCUCCACUGCUUGGACAAGUCUACAGAAGAGUACAUUGUCAAGGUGUUGGAACAGGAGCUAAUUUCUAAACACAUGAAGGAAGUUGUACAGAUGGAGAACUCGGGCCUCGUCCAUAUGCUCAAGAAUGGAAAGCUAGACGACCUGGCAUGCAUGUACAAGCUGUUUACUCGCGUGCCAGACGGCCUAAAAACAAUGUGUGAGUGCAUGAGCUCUUACUUGAGGGAGCAAGGCAAAGCUCUGGUGUCAGAAGAGGGAGAGGGCAAGAACCCUGUCGACUAUAUACAGGGCCUGCUAGACCUGAAGACCCGAUUUGACCGUUUCCUCCUCGAGUCCUUCAACAAUGACCGACUCUUCAAACAAACCAUAGCUGGCGACUUUGAGUAUUUCCUCAAUCUCAGUUCUCGAUCUCCGGAGUAUCUAUCACUCUUCAUCGACGAUAAGCUCAAGAAAGGAGUCAAAGGGUUAACAGAACAGGAUGUGGAGUACAUCCUUGAGAAGGCCAUGGUGUUGUUUAGGUUCAUGCAGGAGAAGGAUGUAUUUGAAAGGUACUAUAAGCAGCACCUGUCUCGCAGGCUGCUCAGCAACAACAGUGUCUCAGACGAAUCAGAGAGGAGCAUGAUCCAUAAACUAAAGACAGAAUGUGGCUGUCAUUUCACCUCAAAACUAGAAGGAAUGUUCAGAGACAUGAGCAUCUCCGACACCACCAUGGAUGAGUUCAGGCAACACAUACAAACCACGUCGGCCUCCUUAAGUGGUGUGGACCUAAUAGUUAGAGUCCUCACUACUGGCUACUGGCCCACACAGUCUGCAACCUCAACAUGCACUAUCCCCCCUGGUCCUACACACGCAUUUGAAGUCUUUAGAAGGUUUUAUCUCGCUAAGCACAGUGGCAGGCUGCUUAAACUUCAGCACCACAUGGGUGGGGCAGACCUCAACACAACUUUCUACGGAGCUGUAAAAAAGGAGGAUGGUUCCGAAGUGGGUGUGGGAGGUGCCCUGGUGACGGGCUCAAACACCCGCAGGCACGUACUGCAGGUUUCCACCUUCCAGAUGACUAUCCUCAUGCUCUUCAACAACAGGGAAAAGUGCACUUUCGAGGAGAUCCUGCAGGAGACUGAUAUCCCCGAGCGGGAGCUAGUGAGGGCGUUGCAGUCUCUGGCCUGUGGGAAACCCACACAGCGGGUUCUCACCAAGGAGCCAAAGUCCAAGGAGAUUGAAAAUGGACACUUGUUUACAGUCAAUGAUCAGUUUACUUCAAAACUGCACAGAGUCAAAAUACAGACAGUUGCUGCUAAACAAGGAGAAUCAGACCCCGAAAGGAAAGAGACACGGCAGAAAGUGGACGAUGACAGGAAGCAUGAGAUAGAGGCAGCCAUUGUCCGAAUCAUGAAGUCCAGGAUGAAGAUGCAGCACAAUGUCCUGGUGGCGGAGGUGACUGAACACCUCCGGGCACAUUUUCUCCCCAGUCCUGUGGUUAUCAAGAAGCGUAUAGAAGGACUCCUAGAAAGAGAAUACUUGGCGAGGACACCAGAGGAUCGUAAAGUGUACACCUAUGUAGCAUAGAAGAGAAACUGUGGUUUUGAGGAGAAACCACACCCUUGACCUUGUUAAGAUACGUUUCCCAUUAAAAGGACACUUUUUGUUUAAAACUCUGCAUCUUUGGUCCAACUGCUUAUUAUUACCCUAACAGAACGAACAGGCCAUACAUGGACCAGCAGAGCUUAGUUUUUUUUUUACCAUCACGUUUUUUUUGUCUGGUGGACAGGCUGUGCUCCUCAGGCACCCAGCACCAAACAGUGUUGCUGGAAAGGAUCUCUGUACUUCAGGCAUGGCUUAAGAACAGACCUUGUGUCAGUCAUUUUGUCCUGCACCUUGUGGUGGUCAUAAGUGGUCCUUCACGACAACAGAAACAAACUCCUCAAAAUAACCACAUUAAGCUCGCAUAGUAAUCAAUCCAAACGUUUGGCUCUACUUCGAAAAAGUGGUAUUCCACUGCCUGAAAACAGGCAAAGUUCACCAAUCAAAUGUUUCCAAGGGACCAAAAAAGUGUUGAACCUCUCUCUCUCUCUCUCUCUCUGAAACUGUCAAAGUCUCCCUCUCCCUAGAGGGAUUUUCUAGCUGAAGUCUGCAAUCCGUCAGGGAUGAUGAUGAAACUCAGUCGGUUUCUGUAUUUUUAUGUGUUGUGACCUUUAGCAGCGCAUGUGUCAUCAAACUGAAGUUUGUUUUCUAAAUUUCCACAUGUUUUUUUCUAUUUACAUGUGUUCUUCUUACUAUUUGUAGUGUGUUUAGCUCUCUCAGCCACCGUAGUAUCAAACUAAUGCAGUGUUUGUUUGAUUCCAUGCCCUUGUCUAUGUCUGCAGUUGUCAUUGACUUGCAGCCCCAUCACCAUAUUUGCUGUGUU